AUGAAGAAAGGAGAAAAGUCCAAUUGCUCGAAUAACUCCAAUUCGUCUGCUACGAUAAUAAAGGAGAUUUGUGAUUUGUUUAAUAAUUUGCAAAAUGAAAAAUGUAAAAAAAGUAUAUUAAAUAAUUUGACAAAACUUUUUGUACUAAUAUAUAACGAAAGAAUUAAAAGAAAAUUAUUAUAUUCUGAAAAUGAAGUUAAUAAAGAAGAUGAUAUAAAAUUAAAACAAAUUUUUAAAAAGGAUUAUAUUAUCUUAGUGAUAAAAAAUAAGACAUAUACAAAAUAUGAAGAAUGGUUAAAUGAAUGUUUUGAAAAAUUUUUAAAUCUACUCUUUCAAUUAAUAGGGAAUAAUGAUGAAGUUUUUUUUAAAAAAGGUUUAUCCUUGUUAUUUGGGAGUUUACAAAUGGAAGCAAAAAUAUACGAAUCUAUAAUUUCAGAUUCAGCUGAUGAAUUUGAUAGCCAUAAUAAUGAUGAUAUUAUUGGGAACGAUACAGUUUCUACUAAUGAUAUUGCCAAUCAAUAUAUAAAUAAAAGUGGUUAUGUACUUUACAAAAAUGAUUAUCAAGGUAUUAACUACAAAAAAAAUAAUAGUAGUAGAAUGAGUUAUAAAAAUAGUCAAGAAGAAACAUCAUCAAAACAUGCAUUUCCUAUUAAAUUGUUUAAAAAUAUUAUUUUAAAAUUAUUAAAAGUUGGCACCAUAAACAUAGAAAAUAUAAAAUAUAUUUGUCGAUCUUAUGUAUGUUUUUAUUUUGAUUUAAAUUAUUUUUUCUUGGGUGUUUUUAAGCAUUUUUAUCUUAAAUCAAUAGUGGAAAAUUCAAAAGAGGAGGAAAUAUCAAAGGGAGUAGAGGGGAAAUUGAACAUGUCAAAAACCAAAAAAGUGGAAUGUGCUGGUACCACAAAUUUGUUUAUUUAUACUGUUUUAAUAAAUUCGAUUAAACCCAGAAAAAAGGUACAAAAUUUUCAUAUCAAAAAAUCAGAAUUUAUGAAAAAAGCAAAAAUCGAUGAUUUAUUCUUAGACUUUAACUCUGAUGAGGAUGAUAAUUUAAGGGGAAAAAGAAAAAAUAAGUUUUUAGAUAACGAAAAAAAAAAAAAAAAAAAAAAUGAUGAUAUGAAUAACUAUAGCAAUAAAAAUGAACUAAAAAGGUUUUAUAAAUAUGAUAGUGAUGAUAGUAUCAUAAUACAUUCGUCAUCGGAUUCUAAUGGAUCUGAUACAGAUGAUGAAAAUAACCCAGAAUUAGAAUUUUUAAAUAAUAAUAAGUUAAUUGAAGAUUAUAAAAAUGAAAACUCUUUUGAUGAUUUUUCUGAUUAUUCAGAAGGAAAAAAUGAUUUAAAAAAAAUAAAAAAGAUUGAAUCAAUAGAAAAUAAAAUAAAAGAUAGAACAAAUAAUUUUUUUAUAAAAAAUUUCUAUAUUGAAAAUAAAAUAUAUGCAAGACUCUAUUCAUGUAGUUGGUUUGAUUUUAUAGCAAAUUUUAAUCAUAAGCAAACUAUGAUUUUACAAAUACUACAAGCUAUUCCAUUAUUUGUUUUUCCAUAUACUAAUAAUCCAUAUUAUUUUAUUGAUUAUUUUAAUUAUUCUUUUUAUUCUUCUUCGAAUGUAUAUGUAUCAUUGGCGGCUCUCCCCGGUAUUUUUUAUAUAUUGACAGAGUUGAAUGUUGGUGAUUUGGUGCAAAAUGAAAUAGAUAACUCGGGGUCAAGUAAACGGGUGAAACAUAAUGAGGACAAAGCUAAUGAAGAAAGUGAGGGAGAAAAUGAUGAAAAAAAUGAGGAAGAAAAUGAUGAAAAAAAUGAGGAAGAAAAUGAUGAAAAAAAUGAGGAAGAUAAUGAUGAAAAAAAUGAGGAAGAGAAUGAUGAAAAAAAUGAGGAAGAGAAUGAUGAAAGAAAUGAGGAAGAAAAUGAUGAAAAAAAUGAGGAAGAGAAUGAUGAAAGAAAUGAGGAAGAAAAUGAUGAAAAAAAUGAGAGUGAUGAAGGAAGCGAUAUAGAAACGAAAUUAAAUGAUCGUAUGUACACAGAUUACUACAAGAGAUUGUAUGAAUUAAUAAUACCCGCAAGUUUUUAUUAUGAUGGAACAAAAUUUUUAAAAAUAUUAUAUUCAUCAAUAAAAAACAAAAUGAUACCAGUACAUUAUGUCUUAUCCUUUUUAAAAAAGUUACUUCGAGUUGGAUGUUUAACAUCGUUUAACAUUUCUAUAAAUAUAUUAAGUGUGGUAUAUGAUAUAUUAAAUUAUUUUAAAGAUGAAUUACACAAUUCUAUGUUUAUUUCUGGAUCUGUUUUUAUGAACAUGGUAAUAAAAAACGAUUUUUUUUGCUAUGAGAAUUUAGAACAAAAUUUUGAUAAAGAUAUAAUUAUUGAAAUGAUGAAAACGAAUAGCGAGUUGCUAAAGGAUGAAAAUGAAUUUGCAUCAGAGCUGAGCAUUAUCAAAAAGAAAAAUAACUUUGAAAAUUUCAACGACGAAAAAAAUGAGGGAAAUGUGAAAAUUAAAGAUAGUGAAGAUACAAAAAUGGAGAAUGAUUUAUUUAGUAUAGGAUGCUGUUUACCAGAUAAGUAUCAGAGGAAUAUGAACACAUUAACCAAAAAAGAGUUAUAUAUGGCAAAUCAUAUUUUUUAUGAAAUAAUUUUACUGAACAAUCAUUUAUGUGAUAAUUUAAGAUAUUAUUCAAAUGUUUAUCAUUACAAUUUCAAUGAUAAAUCUAACAAACCUCAUGAGUUUUAUAAUGAUCCAAACAAAAUAAAUUGGCAAGAAGAAGAAUCUCUUUUUUCAUUCUUAAAAAGUUUGUUAAGUUUCAAAAAAAAAAGAGACACAGAUAUAUUACCAUGUGCUAAUCAAAAGGAAUUUUCUACGAUUUUUAUAUGA